UUUUUCAAAAAUGACUUAUUAUUAUUUUGCAAUAAUUGGCACGAAAGAUAAUCCAAUUUACGAAUUAGAAAUUAAUGUCUCGGGUGCAAAAAGUGCUGGACUUGAUCCAAGUUCAAGGAAAGACGAACAUCGACAUUUAAAUCAAUUUAUUGUACAUUCUGCCUUAGAUCUUGUAGAAGAGCUACAAUGGCACUCUUAUGCUAU